GAACUGAGGGUUGGAAACAAACAUAAUUCGAUACCACUUCCCAGAGGCAAAGCCCUGUCGACCAGUCGUGCUCCAAGUAGUGGGGUCGAAUAGUUGCUGGACCGAUCUCGCAGUUCGUCAAAUUUGUAAUAAAUGGCUUCCUGGAGAAACUAUUUCUUGGAUAUCUACCUAAUUGUUAGAGCGAUUAUUCAAGGCUACUAUCACCUAUAUUUUGAAAUUCGGAGUUCCAUUCGACCGCUGGAGGAUCCCUUAACAAGAAAAAACGAAUAUGCUGUGAUCACUGGUGGAAAUCGUGGAAUUGGAUGGGAAACGGCUAAAAUUCUAGCGGAAUCUGGGAUGAAAGUAAUUAUUGGUUGCAGGGACGGUCCGAGUAGAGAACAGUUAUUUAAAUCAAUCCAGGAGGCUAAACUUCCAUCUGGAUCAAUAGAAUGGAUCAAUCUGGAUAUGUCAUCUAUGGAUUCUGUCCGUUCCUUUGCGCAGGCCAUUCUUGAUAAAGAUGUUCCUAUCAGCCUUUUGAUCAAUAACGCUGGUAAAGGUAGUUCCCCCUACUCCGAGACUGCAGAUGGUUUCGAAUCGCUAUUUGCUACAAAUUACCUGGGCCAUUUCUUGUUGGCUCAUUUGCUUAUGCCACGACUCUUGGCUGCUGGAAAACCUGGCCAAUCAGCGAGAAUUGUCAACGUUUCUUCAAAGGCACAGGCGUUAGGGUGGUUCAACAUUAAUGAUCUUCAAUCCAAGUCUUUCUACAACCCAAUGUAUGCCUAUUCACGUUCAAAACUUGCUCUAAUUAUGUUCACUAAAAUUCUGGAUGAGCAUCUUUCUCGUAACAACAAAAGCGUGAAACCUUAUGCUGUUCACCCUGGAAUUAUAUAUACUAGUAUAUGGGAUUCGUAUUGGUUAACGCACUACGUCUACCGCGCCACCGGUUUCCUAUUCAAGACCGCAGAAGAAGGCGCUCAGCGCAUCGUAUAUGCUGCCUUAUCUCAAGGCAUCGAAGAUUUGAGUGGAAAUUAUUUUGAAGAUUCCAACGUGACCAAGCCAGCAGCAGUUGCUUGCAAUCGCAAAAUUCAGGAAAUGUUAUGGGAAAAGUCUUGCCAACUGCUUGACAUUUCUAAUUUUGGCGGUUUGAACUGA